AUGCUGGAAAUGAGCAAUUCUACUCCCGGCAAUAAGUUCCGUGUCAUCAACGUCUCCAAUGACGUAGGAACCAGCACACUCGCUGACCUGAGGGCAGCGAUCAGGAGGUCAAACCCGGACGACGAACUCCUGGUGCUCGGGGACUUCAACCUACACCACCCACUUUGGUCGACAACAUAUCGACAUGGCAACCGUGGAAUCUCUGCCGCUCAACCCCUACUCACCAUCAUCGAAGAUUUCCACUUCCAAUUGCUUACGGUUCCCGGCACUAUCACGCAUUGGUGGAAGGGCGGCGAUUCAACAAUUGACUUGACUUUUGGCUCCGAGGAGGUGGCAUCCCGCUCGGAAUAUUGUAAGCGAGCCUCGGUCGGCGAAGUGAAGCACAACUGA